AUGGUGGGGAGGUUAUCUACAAGUCAGAGAGACAGCGGUCGAGAGACUAAGCGUGAUUCCACCACUGUCGCCGCAACUGCACUAGGAAGAGCGAACUUUUGCGGUCUCCUGUGGCGCGGCGUGCUGCAGCAUGACGUUCGCCACGACGCUGCUGUCCGAAUCCACCCUCUCGAGUUGAGGAAUCACGCGAUCAACGCCGGGGUAGAACGCCUGGUCGCUUUCUGCCUAGUUGAAUGA